AUGGCCCUGGUGACCCUGGCGGUCAUCACAGCGCCCACAUGCGCCUGCCUCCUCUGCUUCACCACCUACUCUGAGCGCCUCCAUGUCUGCCAGUUGUUUGUGGGGCCAAAGAGGCCAGCGCAGGAGAGGUGCGAGGACGACUUCACAGCAGCCUUCAAGGGCCUGCAACCCACGGAGAUCAACUACGAAGAGAGAAGCCAGCUGCAUGAUAUCUUUACUCAGAUGACCUACACGCUGCAAGAGACAGCCAUGACCCACAAGUCCUAUAAGAAGGCCUUCCGUGAAGCCGCUGAGGCCAUGAGGGAAGAGAUAGCACAGCUCAAAGAAGCCCCGGACUGCGUCCCUCCUUGCGGGAUCCAGGAGGCUUCCCGGCGGUUCCGCUGCCAGGGAUGCUACUCUACCCUCUGCAACCUGUCUCUAGACUGUCCAGUUCAGGACAUCCACGUGAUUCGGGGUGAACAGGCUCUGUUCUCCUGCAAAGUCAACUUUGAACUGCCUGAGGAUAUCACCUAUACCUGGAAGUUCUCAGGAGGAGGCCUCCGGACGCAGGACCAGACUUACUUCCGAAAGCUGCCCGGGGCCCGAGGGAACGUGGCGCGGAUCCGGCCGGCGCAGCCCACACAUCGCGGGACCUUCUCGUGCGAGAUCACGCAAGAACAGCGCCCCCUGGCGCGGCUCUACUUCUUUCUUAAUGUGACAGGCCCGCCCCCGCGCGGGGACACGGAGCUGCAGGUCGCCUUUCGGGAGGUCUUGCGCUGGGCCCCUCGCGACCUGGAGGAGGCCGAGCCCUGGAGGCCGAGUCUGGGCGAGCUGCUGGCCACCCCCGGGGCUCUGACGCCCGUCAACCGGCGCCUGCUCGCGGCCUCCGCGGCCUGCCUGUCCGCCCUCCUGACCCUGCUCGGGUGGAUGUUCUUUAUGUGGUACUUCAGUGGCAAUUAG